CUAAAAUCUUAGAAAUGAGGAAAACAGAAAAUAAAAAAAUCAAUCCAUUGAAUGACACGGUCUCUUCUGUUUCAUCCAGCGAAGAUUCAUCUAGUGAUGACGAACCUUUGACGAAAAGGACCAAAGAGAAUGAUUGUAUUGAUGACAAAAACGACUUGAAGAAAGUGUCAGACAGUGAUAAACAACCGCUUCUAAAGAAGCUGGAAAUCGAAGACACAACUGUUCUGUGUAAACCAGAGGACGAAGAAUCAAAAGUCGGAAGAUCUGAUAAAUCGACCAGUAAUGAUACUGAUGCCGCAAUUAAGACCAAACCUACUACAGAACAGAGCAACAAAAAGAAGCGCAAAAGAUCUGGAUGUAGUAGCGAGGAGAACGUAAAUAAAAAGGCAAAACUUUCAACGAAAGUGAGUACGAAGCUUUCCAAUUUGAUGCGUUAUGUUCGAGCUUGUGGCGUUCAUGUGGGAAAUUAUGCGAAGAUAUUCGAGGGAUGUAACUCGAUGAAAUCUAAAGAAGAAAAACUCACAAAUAUGCUAAAAGAUUUGGGGAUAAAAGGUCGUCCAAGUUUAUCACAGUGUAAGAAGAUCAGAUUAAGAAGAGAAGAAGAAAGGGAAGUAGCAGAACUCGAUGUAGGCAAUAUUAUGUCAGGUAAUCGAAGAUCUCAGUCAAAGUCUGCAAUUUCAUCUGCGCAAAAAGAGAACGAACCUCCAACUUCAAGAAAAUAUGUUUUUGGUUCGUUAUCUGAUUUAGACUCGGAACGUUCAGAGGAUGAAGGUAUAAAGUGUGUGUCAUUGGGUACAAACAAGGUUAAGAAGAAGCGAAUUAUGUCUGAUAGUGAAGAUGAGGUGGAUGAAUGAAGUUGUUAUUUCAAUAUCUUCCUUUUGUCCUAAAAUUGAGUAGGUUAUGGUCAGUCAAAAUAUGGGUGGGAGGAGCUUUCCUCUAAGGACAGAGUUACCCCGUGCAUUGUGAUCUCGGAAGAAGUACAAGAACACUAUAAUACCGUUAUAUCGAUGUAACGUAAUGAGAGCCCCCUGUCUCCUCCUUCCUCCUUUCUUCCCCCUCCCGCUAUAAAAUUAGCACACCAAUCCUUAAUUAAGUGAACUGAGCGAAUUUAAAAAUAUCUCUGAAUAGUAAAGUUCUAAAGACUUUAAGACUGUAAACAUAGAUAGUUGUAAAUUCGACGUUUGAACGCCACGUAAAUCAUCGAAGGUCUUGAAAUAGACAUGGAUUUUACUAUGUAAUAUUUUAUGCAUACUAUUUCACAACACAUUUUUGUCUUCUUUUAAUAUGUGCUACCCUCUAUAAAACAGCUGAUAGUUACGCGAGGGGCCCAGUGCUAAUACAGUAUUUGCUGUAAGUAUCUUUCUCCUUAAAACGAACGGUAUGUUUUUAAUUUCCGCGCGCUCUGCGAGAACAUAUUGUUUGAUUUCCAAAUCCAGCAUUUCUUGCAACUCUCGAUAAAAAUCAAACUUCCAUCUUAAUCUAUUAACUUUUAUUUUUCAACAAAUAAUUACAGUAUUUUUCUUGCGUUAAAUAUUUAAAAUCAUUUAAAAUAAUUUGUACAAGUUACUUUG